AUGGUUCAAGGUGAAUCCUCCUCAAGUGCUUCUCGCCAUGCCAAGGUGAACACCGCCGGUGCCCCUGCUGACUAUGAGCUUCCUUGGGUCGAGAAAUAUCGCCCAGUCUUCCUCGAUGAUGUUGUCGGCAACACAGAAACAGUGGAACGAUUAAAGAUCAUUGCCAAAGAUGGCAAUAUGCCCCACGUUAUCAUCUCCGGCAUGCCGGGUAUUGGAAAGACCACCUCAGUUCUAUGUUUGGCGCGUCAAAUGCUAGGAGAUGCAUACAAGGAGGCAGUUUUGGAGCUGAAUGCUAGUGACGAGAGAGGUAUCGAUGUGGUGCGCAAUCGCAUCAAGGGCUUUGCCCAAAAGAAGGUUACUUUGCCUCCAGGACGCCAUAAGCUGGUCAUCCUCGAUGAAGCAGACAGCAUGACCGCCGGUGCCCAACAAGCCCUGCGACGUACCAUGGAAAUCUAUUCGUCCACCACCCGCUUCGCCUUUGCUUGCAACCAGUCGAACAAGAUCAUCGAACCUCUUCAAUCCCGCUGUGCUAUUCUUCGUUAUGCCCGGUUGACCGAUGCCCAAGUUGUGAAGCGGUUGAUGCAGAUUAUCGAGGCAGAGAAGGUCAAGCACUCAGAGGAUGGAAUCGCUGCACUGGUUUUCAGUGCAGAGGGUGAUAUGCGUCAAGCCAUCAACAACUUGCAGAGUACCUGGUCCGGCUUCGGUUUCGUCAACGGAGACAAUGUCUUCCGAGUAGUCGACAGUCCACACCCAGUCAAAGUCCAGGCCAUGAUCAAGGCUUGCUGGGAAGGCAAGGUUGAUGUGGCGUUGGAAGGUUUGAACGAACUAUGGACCCUGGGAUACUCCUCUCACGAUAUCAUCAGUACUAUGUUCCGAGUCACCAAAACGAUACCCACUUUGUCCGAACAUUCUAAGCUGGAGUUCAUUCGAGAGAUUGGAUUCACGCAUAUGCGUAUCCUGGAUGGUGUGCAGUCAUUGCUACAACUCAGUGGCUGUGUGGCGAAGCUGUGCAAGAUUAACAUGAAGCCGGAGCUGUUCGAGCCUCCCAAGGCUUGA